UCCAAAUCUCACUCCAGCCAGUCAAUUCACAUUGCUAUCUAAUAUAGAAAGUGGCAUUAGUAACAAAGUUUAUCUCCUGUAAUAAAAUAUGUUUUUAUGACAGUAGCUGUGGUUGUUAGCCUACAGAAAUAUUUGCGUCCACGAAAUGAUCAUGUCAGCGUUGGUUUCAAGUAACAUACGUAAUGUGUUUGCAAGGAGGUUUCUUUUCUUUUCUUUUUUCUUUUUUUCGUCCCACGCAAAUUAUUUAUUAAAAUUCGCGCUCUCGCUCUCUCUCUCUCUCUCUCUCUCUCGCUGUCAGUGUGCGUCAUCUGGAGUGGCGUCACGUGGGAGUACAAAGCCAGCGCUCGCGCUCUGCGCGUUACUAACGAUUCGCGCCUCGGUCUCGAGAGGAGAUACUUCACAAAGAACGAUGCUAUUUCUUAUUUACUACAACCAUACAACCAAAUAUGAGUGACUUUUACUUUUUGUCGACGCGAACUCGUCUAUUUAGUAGGAUUAUUCACGCUCGCCUUGUGCUGUUUAUUAUGGAUGUUUAGACUAGAAAAACGCUCGACCGGUGGACAGAAAGAAAAUAAAGGGAACAGUGGAAGAAAGAGAAACUAACUUGUUCCGUUUUCGAGAUAUUCUCGUCCAAACCACAUCUUUUGCUCGUAAAUAGUGAAGUUUGUCUGGAGCACGUAUCCAGCUGCUGAGAUGAUGGAGAGGAUGAGCGCUCAGAGGGAAGUUUUCUCUCCAGACAUCCAAAUAAAGAGAGUCUCACCGACCCGAUUAUCAAACUACAGAAAAACAGCUCUCAAAGCAAAGUACUGGCGAAAGUGUCCUUCACUGUGAGGCGGAAAUAUGAUGCUGCGCGCGAGAUCUACUUGUGCGUAAUGGACACAUAACAUCAGGAGGAGCCUCUCAGCAGACAGGCUUGUAUUGCCGUAGCAAUGAUUGCAACAGGUGGGGUGAUCACGGGGCUCGCUGCAUUGAAAAGACAAGACUCCACCCGCUCUCAGUAUCAUCUGCCAACCCAGAGCCCCACCUCUGCACCUGAGAAGAAAUGCACUAAGCGUAAACCCAGAGCUGAUGUGGUGGUGGUGAGAGGAAAGGUCAGACUGUAUUCAGCCUCAGGAUUCUUCCUGGUUUUGGGAGUGCUGAUCCUCCUGGCAGGUAUUGCAAUGGCUGUUCUAGGAUACUGGCCUCAUAAGGACCACCAGAAGGCACCAGAAAGCAAGUUGUCUGUGAACAAUACACAGUUUGUCCGAGAGCAAGUGGGCUCCAUUGCGCAAUUCUUAGAGCAACACCUGCAUUCAGAGAAGAUGAAAAUGUUGGGUCCUUUCACAAUGGGAAUUGGGAUUUUUAUCUUUAUUUGUGCUAAUGCCAUCUUACACGAGAACAGGGAUCGUGAGACAAAGAUCAUCCACAUGAGGGACAUGUACUCGACUGUCAUAGACAUUCACAGCCUGCGGAUUAAGGAGCAGAAGUGUACAAACGGGGCCUACAUGGGUCCCUAUGCGGACACAGAGAUCCGUUCCUUCGGUCUGGACAGUCAGUUUGCCUCACGGCUCACAGCAAACACACUAAUGUCCUUCUCUGGUCUCGAUGGGGAUGUCCGAUUCUCCCACAGGACCAGCUCAGCUGAGGAUGAUGAGGGUCUAAUGAGUGAGGCCAGAGGCGGAUUAGGCCUGUUGUCGCCUACCUACAGAGACCGCUCUGAAUGUAUCUUUGGUUUCCAGGGUGAGGGUAUUCGUCGGUGGGAAGACAAACGUGGCGCACUAAAGAAAUGCCAAACACGCUCCAUCGUUUCCUCUUCCAUCAGCGCCUUCACACUGCCCGUCAUCAAACUCAACAACUGUGUCAUCGAUGAGCCUGACAUUGAUAGCAUCACGGAAGACUUAGAGCCGAACAGGGUCCACUCCAGACCUCCAUCAAUGGAAUCUUUAACAGUCCCUGUUCCCGACAUUGCCAAAGCUUUCAAGCCUCCGGGUGGCCACUUGCUCCGGAGCAACUCAGCCACUGAAACCCCGAGUCCUGCAUCAUCCCAUUCUUCAUUGUCUCCUAGAUCCACCAGUGGUAGGUUCCUGUCCCCGGGAGCGGCACGUAAAGACUUUGGCUCCAAUAACUCCCUCCACAUGUUUUCAGCCCAUUCUAAAUCUCUGGAUUUAGAGAGAGGGCCCACAAUGCUGACUGUCCAGCCUGAACAGAGGAAACACCCGAGCUGGCCCAGAUUGGACCGAAGUAAUAGUAAAGGAUACACCAAACUGGAGAACAAGGAGGACCCUAUGGACAGGCUAAUAGUUCCCCCGGUGGCCGUGAAGAAGGACUACACUAAAAAGGAGAAACUUCUUAUGAUCUCCAGGUCUCACAAUAACUUGAGCUUCGAGCAUGAUGAGUUUAUGAGCAGCAGUUUGAAGAGAGGCACCUCAGAGACUAGAUUUUAAAACUGAGCUAGGGCCUUAUAUAUAAAGCGUGUGUACGCUCAGAUUUGAUCUUAGAGUGUGCGCACCCUUAAAUCCACACCAACACUCAUAUUUGUCAAAACUGUCUUUGAUGUGGAAAAGUGCUUGGUAUCACUUCAGAGUCUGAGCAGACAUACAACUUUUUCGUUUUUACAGCAGGUUUUUGGAAAUGUAAACUAUUCUAAAUGAAAGAAUUUGGAUGAUGACUGCAAUCUUUUACGUGUUAAGGACAUUAAUUAGGAGUUGUUUACAAGGCAGAAAGCUGAAACCAUCCUGUUGAUAAUGUUCUAGAUCAUUUGCAAUUCAUAGAUUUCACAUCUGAAAGAGAGGCGUACGUGCGUUUUUUGUAUGUACGUUCAUUCUAUCAAUCACAUGUUCGCAUAUUUGAGAGAUGAUUAUAAGAUAAAAUAUAGGAUGAUUUCUGUGCAAAAUUUUAUAAAUCAGGCCCCUCAAAUGUCAACCCAGUGGCUUCUGACGUUCACGAUCUGCCUGCAAUACAGAAUACAGUUCUUGCUGUUUUUUUUAUUUUAAGGCCCUUGUAAGCUCAGAAUUAUGCUGAGCUUACAGAGCUCACAAAGCUGAGCUGCAGAAUUAUACGGCUGAAUUUAUUAAAAAAAAAAAAAACACCUAACUCUAAAAAAAAAUCUAACAAAUGGGUUGUCAGCUGUUUUUCGUAGUAUUAGUUGUACUUGAUAACAUACAAAAAGUUUACCAAAGUUUGACCAAUAGAAAGGUGUGAUUUUCAAGAUGGUGUCCAAGAUGGACAGGGAGCACUUAAAAUAUCCUAACUGCUUCUUUAUUUGACCUAGCCAAGUAAUCUUGUUGUCUAGCCCAAUGUUUUCUGGGACUAUAAUGAAUCCAUUGGAGAUGUCUAAAUUGAACUGACAGGAUUACAUACUUAUGAAAUACGUGAUUUGUCAGAUUACUGUAAGGUUUUAUCAGUGUUUGGGGUGAACCAGAGUUGUAAACAAUUUAACCUAUUUCAUGUAACUGCUAUUCAGAUGAUCCACUGUUAUUGCACAACUGCCGAACACAACGGUGCAGUUGCAGGGCAUAUGGACUGCCAUGCAUGCCUGCUUGUGGACCAUGUCAAGUUGGGAAUAGUGAGAAUCAUCAUAAUCAACCUCUAUUCGAGGAAGAGUAUGAUGACUAAUGGGAAAUAUACAGGUGCUAGUCAUAUAAUCAAAAAGUUGAUUUAUUUAACUAAUUCCAUUUAAAAAUUGAAACUUGUAUAUUAUAUCAAUUCAUUACACACAGACUGAUACAUUUCAAAUGUUUAUUUCUUUUAAUUUUUAUGAUUAUAACUAGAUUUGUUCUGAUUCCGAUACUAGUAUCGGAAAUAUCACCGAUAACACAACAAAUUCUGGCAUCGGCAUCGGCGAGUACAUUAACCCAUAUACCGAUCCGAUACCAUUUUCUUAAACUACCUAGUUAUGGCCGCUAGCUUUGCCUAACUGCUGCACGGUUCUUCUUCGCUGCUCAGAAUGCAUUGAAAACACAGGAAGUUGUGCUGUGUUGCCACAAGCAACUCCUGUUUAGAGCAGCGAAGAAGAAAUGACAACGAGUUAGCAGCACUGAUCUAUAUAUGACUGGAUCGCUCAUCGCGUUCUGAACUGCCAACAGACAGUGAAGCGGCUUCUAUAUUGUAGAUCAGUGGUUAGCAGUAUGUCCGCUGUUUAGCAGUAUUUCAGACUGGACCAACCAGACAGUAAAACGGCGACUAGGGAUGCCACAAGUACUGGCACUUCACUACCAAGUCGGUGCUGAAAAUGUAAAAAUGUGAAGAUACCAGCGUCUCUGUAGAACCGGUAGUAAGUUUGAGUAUAUUCGUAAUAAUAAUAAUACGUCUCUAUUAAUAAUAAUAAUGCCUCGACGGUUCCUUGUUUUUUACUUGUUUUGCUGUAAAGAGAUUAUCUGAUUAAUAUAUAAUUUUUUAUAUUCCUAGACUUAUUUGUUGCAGUUUUUUAUACAGUUAUAUUGUAAAACUAAAAUACCUUUUUUUGGUUUGGGGUGUUAGAUUUUUGCCUGCAUUUGAAGUUCUUUUUCGCUUAAGAAAAUAAAUAAUAUUACUGUCAAAUUCAUGUCAGAUAAUAAAAAUACUGUAAUAAAUACAGUAGUUCACCAUGUACUUGUUCAUGUUUUAUCAAGGGAUAAGUCUGAAGCACACCAUAAAAUAAUUCUAGCAAUUAACACAGGGCUAGUAGUAUAUACAGCUGUAUAUAGAGAUACACACCCAGGUAUCGGAUCAGUACUCUGUAUCGGCCGAUACCCUGAGCCCAGGUAUCGGAAUCGGUAUCGGGAAGAGAAAAAGGGUAUCGGAACAUCUCUAAUUAUAACUGACAACUAAGGAAAAUCCCAAGUUCAGUAUCUCAGAAAAUAAGAAUAUUGUGAAAAGGUUCAAUAUUGAAGACACCUGAUUCCACACUCUAAUCAGCUAAUUAACUCAAAACACCUGCAAAGACUUUAAAUGGUCUCUCAGUCUAGUUCUGUAGGCUACACAAUCAUGGAGAAGACUGCUGACUUGACAGUUGACCAAAAGAUGACCAUUGACACCUUGCACAAGGAGGGCAAGACACAAAAGGUCAUUGCAAAAGAGGCUGGCUGUUCACAGAGUUCUGUAUCCAAGCACAUUAAUAGAGAGGCGAAGGAAAGGAAAAGAUGUGGUAGAAAAAAAGUGUACAAGCAAUAGAGAUAACCGCACCCUGGAGAGGAUUGUGAAACAAAACCCAUUCUAAAAUGUGGGGGGGAUUCAGAAAGAGUGGACUGCAGCUGGAGUCUGUGCUUCAAGAACCACUACACACAGACGUAUGCAAGACAUGGGUUUCAGCUUCACAUUCCUUGUGUCAAGCCACUCUCGAACAACAGACAGCGUCAGAAGCAAUUUGCUUCAAACAGGACUGGACGGCUGCUGAGUGGUCCAAAGUUAUGUUCUCUGAUGAAAGUAAAUUUAGCAUUUCCUUUGGAAAUCAGGGUCCCAGAGUCUGGAGGAAGAGAGGAGAGGCACACAAUCCACUUUGCUUGAGGUCCAGUGUAAAGUUUCCACAGCCAGUGAUGGUUUUGGGUGCCAUGUCAUCUGCUGGUGUUGGUCCACUGUGUUUUCUGAGGUCCAAGGUCAAUGCAGAAUACCAGGAAGUUUUUGAGCACUUCAUGCUUCCUGCUGCUGACCAACUAUUCUGAUUUCAUUUUCCAACAGGACUUGGCACCUGCACACAGUGCCAAAGCUUCCGGUACCUGGUUUAAGGACCAUGGUAUCCCUGUUCUUAAUUGGGUAACAAUCUCACCUGACCUUAACCCCAUAGAAAUCUAUAGGAUAUUUUAAUGUGGAAGAUGUGAUGUGCCAGAGCCAACAAUGCAGAAGAGCUGAAGGACACUAUCAGAGUAACCUGGGCUCUCAUAACACCUGAGCAGUGCCACAGACUGAUCGACUCCAUGCCACGCCGCAUUGCUGCAGUAAUUCAUGCAAAAGGAGCCCCAACUAAGUAUUGAGUGCUGUACAUGCUCAUACUUUUCAUGUUCAUACUUUUCAGUUUGCCAAGAUUUCUAAAAAUCCUUUUAUUUGUAUUGGUCUUAAGUAAUUAAUUCAAAUUUUCUGAAUUUGGGAUUUUCCUUAGUUGUCCGCUAUAAUCAUCAAAACUAAAAGAAGUAAACAUUUGAAAUAUAUCAGUCUAUGUGUAAUGAAUGAAUGUAAUAUACAAGUUUCACUUUUUGAAUGGAAUUAGUGAAAUAAAUCAACUUUUUGAUGAUAUUCUAAUUACAUGACCAGCAUCUGUAGUGAAGGUCAGAGUCCAAUAAAGUAUAAAAAAACAGAAUAAGAUGCAACAACUGAAGAAAAUAGAAAAAUAUAUGUAUAAAUGAGAAAAGUAUUAGAAAUAUUUAUAAAAAAGGCAAACAAAUAUUUUACAAAAUAUAAACGCAUAUAUAUAUAUAUAUAUAUAAUUGUUUUGACUAAUUUUACAGUACCACACAGUUCUAAUGAACUUAUUCUUUAUCGGAAUUUUGAAACACAGAAACCACCAACAUUAGGCAAAAUGAUAUGCAAAUAUGCAAUUAUUUAAAGGGGGGGUGAAAUGCUCGUUUUCACUCAAUAUCCUGUUAAUCUUGAGUACCUAUAGAGUAGCACUGCAUCCCUCAUAACUCCAAAAAGUCUUUAGUUUUAUUAUAUUCAUUAGAGAAAGAUAGUCUGUACUGAUUUUUCCCGGAAAAACACGAGCCGCUGGAGGCGUGACGUGUGGGCGGAGCUAAAGAAUCACGAGCGCGAGUAGGCUUUUGCGUUGAGAGCGUUUGGAAGCUGUGACAUUACCGUGAGGAAAAAAACAUCCAAAACAAACCAUGGCUAACAGUCAGAUUCAGCCGUUUAUUUCUGAUCCAGAAUCAGAUCCAGAGGCUGAAAUUUAACAAGAGCAGCAUCAGCGACAACGUCUCUAUGUGGUAUGUACUGAAACUGUAUAUAUUUGCUUAGCGGUUUUGGAAAAUGACUAAGUUCCACUAUAUGUCGUCUUUUUUUUUUUUUAAGCUGUACAUGUGGAAAGUGCAGUUUGAUGACAACAUCGCAUGUUGUUUACUUGAUGUGCUUACGUGCCGAUAGCUAAGUUAAUAACAGAGAUAUUUGAAGCAGUUUUACUCACCACAUGCGGUUCCAACACACGAUCGUGACUCUUUUUCGUUGGGACUGCAUUAUCCUUAAGAAAUAAACGAUGUGCAAAUCCAGCGUAAAACUGGGCCUUGUUUGUAAAACAAGCAUCUUCGAAAUGCAGGGAACAAACAAAAACACUUGCACAACUCCGUUGAUGCUCUGUAAAAAUAAACUCCAUCCACUGGUCCCUUAAUGCUGGUUUAUUUGGGUAUAAACACUUUAUCUGUGCAGUGUUGUCUUGCCCUGGCAAAAAAAACACUCUUCUCUUGUGACAUUUCACGACGCUCUCGCUCUGAUCAGUGAUUGUCUGUGCUCAGCCUCUCAGUCCUCAGCUAUACAGGAGCACGCGCUCUUCCGGCAGAAGUGCCUUUGGGACCCAUAUAAGGAAAUUCCGCUCCAUCUAACGUCACACAGAGCCAUACUCGAAAAAAACUUUCCGAAACUUGUGACAAACCGGAACGUACAACUUAAUUUUUGAAACUUUGUCCAUGUUUAGCAUGGGAAUCCAACUCUUUAACAGUGUAAAAAACUCAGUAUGCAUGAAAUAGCAUUUCAACCCCCCAACCCCCCCAAAAGGGAAAAUUGAAAAUUGCUUCAAUAUAUAAUUGUACUUGCAAUCGAUUAUCUGUCAUGCACAUAUGCUAAUUAGAAUAUUACAUGCCCAAAACAUGUAUCGGCCACCAGUAUUCCUGGUCUAGGAAGAAUACAAAGGAGUAAUGGUAAUUUUAAGGACCUGACGGCCGCCAUUUUGAAAAUGGGGCAUUUCUUGGAGUAAACUUUUAGGGUGCUUUCACAUCUCUAGUUCAGUUCAUUUGGUCCGAACCAAGGGCAAACAAUUAUACAUUGUAUUAUUUUUCAUGCGCUUUUGGUUCCUUUUCACACCACACUUUAUUGCUUUGAUCCGAAUCAGUUGAAACAAACCAAAAUGCAGUCACAUGACAAUAUCCACAUAACUCAUUGGCAAUGAAAUAUUUCCUAAACUGCUUUUCGAUUGGUCAGAAUUUGCGUGCGGGAAAAUUCCAGCAUAAGAGGAAAAGCCAGCAAACAACACGGAGACAACACAACUAUGGAGAGAUGACUGUGCAAGCUGGAUUUGUCCCUGGCCAUAAUCUAUUACAUUGUUUGUAUACACCACUAUAUGCAAACAAUAAAUUUCUAUAAUGCAGCUUGAAAACAACAUUCUAAUGCACUGCAAACGGGGAGUGGGAAUCGAUCGUAACUUCAAGCGGAGGCAUGCAUUAAUUCUUCUCAACUCUGACAUGCUCUUGGUCAUCGGACCAAAUUUCUAUGAGGCUCCGCACCUCCUCACUACUCCAAGUUUGUCCACGAGCUACCAUGCUAAAGUGCAAAGUGUCAACAAACACUUCCUCAUCCCAUAAUGCACAGCGCAUCUGACUACGGCAGCUGUUUUAGUCCAAAAAUGAUCAGUACUUUGUUACUUUUUCGAGGUCGGAUCAUGUUCUCACCACAAACGAACCGCUCCAGAGUUCGUGUGAAAGCGUACCGAGCCCACCUCUUCAAGCAGGUCUCGGUACUCUUGUUUGGUCCGCUUUUGGUGCGCACCCAAGUGAGAUUGCUGCUUUGUCACCUGCCUAAACGUACCGCACCAAAGGGGGAAACGAACUCUGGUACGAUUCAACCAAACUAAAUGAGGUAGGUGUGAAAGCACCCUUAUUAUGUUUUUAAGUACAUCUGAUACUACUGUAAACCAUUGAGAAAGCUUUUGUUAGAAUUUUUUUGGGGUCAAGCCACAUUUGCAGCUCACUAAAUGGGUAACAAUUUAGUUUGAUUGCCCCUUUAGAACAUUUUUUUUUGACAAUAAGUACAACAGACAGACAUUCAGGUGACUAUAAGUAACUCUGAGAGCUAGUAGAUACAGUAUGUUGGUACAACGUUAAUUAUAGCCAACAGAAUGGUUUAAAGGGACCUUUAAAAUAAGGAAAACUUCAGAAUUAUAUUUUACCAUGAAUUUGAAAUACAAAAGCGAGCCGUAACGGUAAAUAAAAGCAUGGGUAUGGUGAAAAAUUUGGUAAUUAACAGGUUAGUGAAACUUGUUCAGAUGUGUUUGUAGUGUUUUUGUUAACAUUCAGACAGGAUCUAUUGUCUGUUUGAGUGCAGUAUGUGUGUUGUACCAGCACUGCUAGUUAUAUUACUAAUUUAUUGUUUAAAACACGCAGACACUGAUAUUUUUGAAGAGAACUUAUCUAUGUAUAAUGUAUCUGUUUCUCAGAAUAAACAACCUUUCCAGA